UGUUGCUCUGGUUCCUCAGUAGAGAUCAGUCAGGUGCCUGGCUGGGGGAGUGAAUCCUGACCGAGUCUGCACCUCAGGCUGGAGCUGCAGGACAAGUAUAUGGGACUUGUUCCUUGGCAGAUGGGAGGGAUUUGAGCAAGAGGAGCCUCAGAAUCGGGACAGGUAGGAGCAGGGGAGCAGCUGCGAUGGCUUCCGGAAUCCUGCUGCACAUACAGGAGGAGCUCACCUGCCCCAUCUGCCUGGAGCUCCUGACAGAACCCCUGAGCCUGGACUGUGGCCACAGCUUCUGCAAAGCUUGCAUCACUGCAAACAACAAGGAGCCUGAGAUCUCCCAAAAAGGAAAGAGUCUCUGCCCAGUGUGCAGAUUCUCCUACCACCCUGGUGACCUGAGACCUAAUCGGUUUGUAGCCAACAUAGUGGAGAGGCUCAGGGAGGUCAAGGUGAGCCCAGAGGAGGGGCAGAAGAGAGAUCUCUGUGUGCGCCAUGGAGAGAAACUCCACCUCUUCUGUAAGGAAGAUGGGAAAGUCAUUUGCUGGCUUUGCGAGCGGUCUCAGGAGCACCGUGAUCACCACACGUUCCUCAUAGAGGAGGUUGCCCAGGAGUACCAGGAGAAGCUCGAGGCAGCUCUGGAGAGGCUGAAGACGGAGCAGAAGAAAGCUGAGAUGUAUAACAGUAACAUCAGAAAAGAGGAAGCUUACUGGAAGAAUCAAAUCCAACAUGAUAUACAAAGUUUCCAGAAUUGCAUUAAACAAUUGAAGGAUGUCCUGGACAGUGAGGAGCAGAAGGAGCUGCAAAAGCUGAAGAAUGAGGAGGGACACAUUCUACAUACCCUGGCAGAGUCUGAGAAGAAGCUGGUCCGGCAGAGCCAAUUGGUGGGCGAUCUCAUCUCAGCUCUGGAGCAUCGGUUGCAGGGGUCAGCCAUAGAGAUGCUGCAGGAUGUGAAUGGCAUCAUGGAAAGGACUAAGACCUUGACUGUGAUGGAGCCAAACACCCUUUCCUUUAAAAGAUUCAGGAGAAUGAUGAAACCUUCUAAUCGGAGCAGGAUUCUGAAAGUGUUAAAUGAUGAGGAAUGCCCCUGCAGGAGUUUGUGAGCAAGAGGAGCCUUGGGCAUCAGAACAGGAAGAAGUCAGGGGAGCAAGGCAAUAGAUUUUUCAGCACAAAUGAACAUACAGGAGGAGCUGACCUGCCCCCUCUGCCUGGAUCUUCUGACAGAACCAUUGAGUCUGGACUGUGGCCACAGCUUCUGCCAAGCUUGCAUCACUGCAAACAACAAGGAGCCUAUGUUCGCCCUAGGAGGGGAACACCAGUGCCCUGUAUGCCAGAGCAGAUACCAGCCUUACAACCUCCGGCCUAAUUGGAAACUGGCCAACAUACUGAAGAAACUCAGUGAGGUCAACGCAAAUUCACACCAGUGGCAGGGGGGAAAUGUCUGUGAGCACCGUGGGGAAAAUCGCCUUAUCUUCUGUAAGGAGGAUGGGAAGGCCAUUUGCAAGCUUUGUGUGCUGUCUCUGGAGCACCAAGGUCACCAAACAUUCCCCAUUGAAGAAGUGGUCAAGGAAUGUCAGGAGAAGCUACAGGAAGCUCUGAAGAAGCUGACAGACGAGGAGCAGGAAGCUGAGAAGUUAGAAGCUAACAUCAGUGAAGAGAGAGCUACCUGGAAGAAUCAUAUGGAGACUGAGAGACAGAGGAUUUUGGAAGGAUUUGAUGAAAUGAGAGGCAUCUUGGACAGGGAGGAGCGGAAGGAGCUGCAAAAGCUGGAGGAAGAUGAAGUGAAUGUGCGAGAAAACUUGGCAGCUGCUGAAGACCAGGUGGCCCAGCAGAGGCAGUACAUGAGCGAGCUCAUCUUGUAUCUCCAGCAUCAGAUAUGGGAAUUAUCACCAGACACGCUGCAGGAUGUGAUUAACGUCAUCAGAAGGAGUGAGAGCUGGACCUGGAAGAAGCCAAAAAUUGUUUCCACGAAACUGAAGAGUGCCUUCCAAGCUCCAGAUCUGAGCAGGAUACUACAAGAGUUUAAAGAGCUGACAGAAGUCCAAAGCUACUGGGUGGACUUCAUGCUGAAUCCAGUGAACGCUCUUUCGGGUGUUGUCGUUUCUGCAGAUCACAGACAAGUGACAGUUGGGAACAGUUUUAUGUUUAGAAAUGUAUAUCCAUGCAACUUUUCUGCUUUUGAUGUCUUGGGUUGCCAAAAUUUCUCCUCAGGGAAAUAUUACUGGGAGGUAGAUGUGUCUCAGAAGAUAGCCUGGAUCCUGGGGGUAUACAGUAACACAAGUGACCUCAAUAGAAAAAGGAGCUCUGGGUUUGUUUUUAACCCACACAUAAAUUAUCUAAAUGUUUACUACAGAUUCAGACCUGACAAUGGCUACUGGGUUGUAGGAUUACAGAAUGAAUCUGAGUACAAUGCCUUUGAGGACUCUUCCACCUCUGAUCCCAAGGUCUUGACUCUUUCCAUGGCUGUGCCUCCCUGUCGUGUUGGGGUUUUCCUAGACUAUGAAGCAGGCACUGUCUCGUUUUUUAAUGUCACAAACCACGGGUCACUCAUCUACAAGUUCUCUAAAUGUCGCUUUUCUCAGGCUGCUUAUCCAUAUUUCAAUCCUUGGAACUGUCCAUCUCCCAUGACUCUGUGCCAGCCAAACUCCUGAACCUUCUCGUUCCCUCACCCACUUGUAGUGCCUCUUAUCCCAAGUGUCAUCUCCUGCACCUGAGCUCAUCUGUACCAUUCAUACCGUCUCUUUCUUGCUGUCUCCCUUUAGAACUUUUACUCAUCCUUGGGAUGUACACUGUUUCUGGUUUGAAUUAGGAGAGGGGCUUAUUUACCCAUUUUUGUUUUCUCAAAGAAAGACAUCAGAGUCCCUCCUAAAGACAGAGCUGUAUUGGUAUGGUAGCAUCUGUGCCCUUCCAUUUAUCCAUAUUUUUCUUUAUCACUGACCUGAGGAGACGCGGUAAAACCUGUCUUCCACCAUCCAUGAUCCUGAGACAGUUCAUAAUAAUCCCUGUCCACCAACAACAACUAAGGAGUCUUUGAGUGUACGUGUGUUUUUGCCUAAAAUAUAACAUGUUCAUUAGAGAGUCAAGAAAAGAAAAACAAAAAUAAUAUAUGUACCCAGAGUGAAAAUUCUGUGUUCAGAGUGUUUGAGUUCAAAUCCUCUUUUAUAAGCUAUGUAAUGAUGAAUGAAUUCUGGGUUUCUUUUUACCAAAGUAGAAAUUGAGCUUUAAAACUGUGCCUAACUCUUAAGAUCAAUGUCUGCAACUGUCACUCAAUAUAAAGUACUUACUCAAGUGUCCUGCACAAUAUAAUAAAUAUUUGCUGUAUUGAUUACCGAAAAGUAUAAGCUGUGUCAGUGUCCUAUACAACAGAUUCAUGCCCUUGAGAGGAACAGUAAAUGAUUUUACUAAAGUCUCAUUUUUUGAGUUCCCAGGCGCUGCUGUCAAGACCACUCCAGUUUCAGGUUUGUUUUAUAGAACUUUUAAAACUGAGGCUGGAACUGUUUUCAAGGCCCUUUUUUCGGGAAUGGGUCAGAAAACUGCAACAGUAUGAGUUUCCAAAAUCUGACCAGCAGAGGGAGCCAUGUCUUACAAAGAGCAGCCUUUUGUUGUUCAGGACUUUACCUUGAGUUUGCCACCAUAUACACAUACCAUCUCACACACUUCUCUUUUUUAAUCAUUUUUAAAUUAUGAUGAGGAAUAGACUUACUCAGGAUAGCAAAGGAACAAACUUUUCUUAGAGAAGCAUACAUUAUAAAUUAGGGCCAAUCACUGCAUAGAGCCCAUAUCAAGAUAUCGAUGGGUCAUACCUUAUCUCAGGGGAAUGAGAAAGAAAGUACUUGGCCUGGGAAAGGAAGGCAGAUACACACGUAAAGACUCAUAGUUACACACAUAAAUUAUGUGUAUAAAUAUACAUAGAGAGAGUAUGUUUAUCCCAGUUAAUCUUGAAUAAUAUAAGAAGAAGAAUAAUAUAAGACCUGAAAAUGGCUACUGGGUUGUAGGAUUACAGAAUGAAUCUGAGUACAAUGCCUUUGAGGACUCUUCCACCUCUGAUCCCAAGGUCUUGACUCUUUCCAUGGCUGUUCCUCCCUGGCGUGUUGGGGUUUUCCUAGACUAUGAAGCAGGCACUGUCUCGUUUUUUAAUGUCACAAACCACAGGUCACUCAUCUACAAUUCCUAUCAGAUAGUUAAACGUAUAUAUAAACUUAUGAGGUGUUUCCAAUAUCCCACAGCUAAUGAAUGGAGGAGGUAGGAUUAGAACUGGGUCUGUGUUUCUCUAGCACAGGUGCCCUUUCUGGAGUGCAUGCCUCCCAAAAAGGUAAGAGCCAGAUACCCCAGGAUGUGGGUUAGGAGGGAGAAUCCAGGAGAUGUAAUCUGCAGAAGGAGCCAGGAGCAUCAUGGGAAAAUCUUGGGUGUCAAAAGGUAUAGACUGAUGUGUUCAAUCCAUGUAGCCUUGAGUGAUAUAGGAGCAGCUCAUGGUAUUGGCUGGCACCAUGUUGAGCUUCUUCGUGAUCAAGGAGCUCUUGCAGGUGACAUACAGGUGAAUACUGGGGACAGUUAAGAGCCUGAACUUUGAAAUGAGAUAGAAUAUCAUUAUCAUGAUGUUGCUAUUCACUGGCCCUUAUUAAAUAAAAUGUAAUUGGAUUAAGUUUCUCAUCAGAAAUAAACAUACUAGAACUUACCUGAUAGUGAUAUAGAGGAAUUAAAUAAUAGAAUGUUUGCAAUAACUUCCUCAUUUCCUAGCACUUAAAUACUGAUCCAGAUUGGUGUUAAUUAAUUUUCACUGUGAUUUUAAUAAUGAAUGUUAACAAUAAAUAUUUGUACUUCAAAUAUUAAUACCUUUGUUAUGGUUUGAAAUAGAAUAAGUCGAUUAAGUAAUCACC